AUGAACUUCGCACCUUAUCAAGAUGAGUCUCCCGAAGUUGAGCGAGCUCUUUCACCAUCACUAGGCGACGCAAAUCGUAUCAAAUCACCCAUUCUUCGGUCCCCGCGCGGGUCUCCCCCGAUACCCGGUGCGCAAUCAGGUGGUCUCCCAUCUCCGAGUCAUUUUGCAGGCGGGAAUCAGAUCCAUGGCGGCGGACAAGGAAAUCAUGGGUAUGGACGAGAUGUCGAGGGUGGCAGAUGGAAUCUAGGAGCCUUUGAAACAAGUCUCCCGAUCCGUAUGGAUGUUGAAGCUAUGCUGGCAUAUCUACUUCUCCCUCCAGCGGGUGGGGUAUUCCUGUUGCUGUUGGAGCAUAAGAGCGACUAUGUUCGAUUUCAUGCUUGGCAAUCGAGUAUGCUCUUCACAGUCAUGUUUAUUGUCCAUCUUAUUUUCUCCUGGUCGAGCUUUCUUUCCUGGCUCGUGUUUAUUUGCGACCUCGGCCUGAUCGGAUAUCUGAGCAUGCGCGCCUAUCGGGAUGUCGACACGCUUGAACACUUUGAGGUUCCUAUAUUUGGGCGUCUCGCAAACUCCUUUGUGGAUAAUGAGUAG